AUGCUAGCACAGAACCUCACGGCUGCUUUCUCUGAACAACUCCGCGCCGUCAUGAAUAAUGCUCCUACUCAGCAACGAGUAUUAGAAGACAUGGCGGAUCAAAUAAAAAACUUGCGGGCACGAAUCGAACCCCAUCAGGAGAUACCGAAGUCUCAUGAAUCUCAGGAUGGGAACUCGAGGACGUCCCACUCCAGUAGACGCAAUAAGAAGAGGCAGGAGAGAUCUAGAACCUACCCGAGCCUCAGCAAAACAGAUCUGCGGGAUGGCGAAUCUAAAACCGCCUCUCGAGAUGUCCGCACCUUCCUAGAAAGUAAGAAACAAAAGACGUCUGAAAGCGUCCAAUCAUUGGUGGAUAAAAGGAGGGAAGAAAGAAAGCAAGCCCAAGCCGCAGAGUCUAGCCGCCGCAUCACCAUGCCGCGGAAUGAGGCCGACAAAAGUAGCCUUUCUGGAAAACUUGUACCCAUAAUCUCUCCAUUGGCCCCGGUGAUACUAAACACCCCCAGUAAUGGGAAGAUAAAGAUUCCAAACAUGGCGGCCUUCGAUGGAACGUCCUGCCCGGAGGAACAUCUGAUGGCCUACAAAAACUUGAUGUUGCUGUAUACCAACGACCCGUUGUUGUGGUGCAAGUUCUUCCCGACUACUCUUACGGGAGUAGCACUGACAUGGUAUACCUCCCUUCCAGGAGGAAGUAUACACAACUUUGCCCAACUGGAAGAGAAGUUCCUGGGCCACUUUAUAGCUUCCAGGAGGCAGGAGAAAUCAAUUUUUCAUCUACCCAGCAUCACGCAAUUAGAAGGAGAAUCCAUAUCAUCCUAUCUAAAAAAGUUUCAUGAGGCGGUGCUGGAGGCCCAUGAUCCUAAGAAACGGAGGUCUGAUAAGAAGGACCCCAUUGUCAAUCAAUCCUCGAGAAACAGAGAGGAACAAGCAUUGAGGAGGGAAAGAAACUACCCUCCAUGUCGUCCGGAGCCCCGUCAGAUAUGGGGCCUCCACGAUCCAGACAUGAAAGACAUAUUCUAUGCCAUCCGCAAGGAAUUGCCAACUCCGCUUCCUACUAACACCCCCUCCAACCGUCGCAACUUCAAUCUGUGGUGUGACUACCACAAAGAACACGGCCACACUUUGGCCCAAUGCCGUGAACUUAAACGUAUCCUGCACCAAUUGGCUGAUGAAGGGAAACUGUCGAGGUUCAUCAACAAGGGAGACUAUGUAGCAAAAGAAGUCGAAAGAAAGCCGUGGCACCAAAAACGCAGAUCCCCCGGGAGGGAUGAGGCCAGGCGCGAAAGUUCCAAUACUCAAGGGACUAUCAACCUGAUUUUCGGUGGAUACACUGAGGAAUAUCCCACCAUCCGCGCCGCAAGAGAUAGCGUCCAUACUCUGCUAAAGGGACCCCCAAUGACCACAUCCAGUGGGCCGGUCAUGAAAUUCGAUGCUGCAACAACCACAUACUGA